AGCCUGAGACGUCUAGAGAGCGCCACAACCACAGUGUCACCUCAGUCACACUUUGAAUAGCAAAGACAGCAGAGAAGACCCGCGAGCCUAAACAUGCCCCUUUCUAGCAGCUCCACGUCCUCCACAAAGAGCAUCCGCAGAGCAGCAUCCGAGCUGGAGAGGUCUGACUCCACGUCUUCAAGAUUCAUCGGUAGACGGCAAAGCCUGAUCGAGGACGCGCGCAAGGAGAGGGAAGCCGCCGCUGCUGCAGCGGCCAGUGAUCAAAUAGUGUUUGAGAAAGAUGAUGGCAAAGCGCUUCUCAACCUCUUCUUCACCUUAAGGACCUCCAAGACACCAGCGCUGUCGCGGACACUCAAAGUUUUCGAGACAUUUGAAGCUAAGAUUCACCAUUUGGAAACACGGACGUGCCGGAAGUCCAAGGACAGCCUGGAAGGCCUGGAGUACUUUGUUCGCUGUGAGCUACACCUCUCAGACGUCAGUACUCUCAUCAGCUCCCUCAAGAGGAUCGCAGAGGAUGUUAAAACCACCAAUGAAGUCAAAUUUCAUUGGUUCCCAAAGAAAAUAGCAGAUCUGGACAAAUGUCAUCAUCUGGUCACAAAAUUUGAUCCAGACUUUGAUCAAGAACAUCCUGGCUUUAAAGACCCUGCCUACAAACAGAGGAGGAAAAUGAUUGGUGACAUCGCCUUCAGUUACAAACAUGGGGAGCUGAUUCCCAGAGUGGAAUACACAGAGGAGGAGAUUGGCACAUGGCGGGAAGUCUACUCAACCCUGAGGGACUUGUAUGCCACGCAUGCCUGCAGUGAAUACCUCGAGGCCUUUUAUCUGCUGGAAAGGCAUUGUGGGUACAGUCCAGACAGCAUUCCCCAGUUGGAAGAUGUAUCACGCUUUCUCAAAGAGCGUACAGGGUUCCAGCUGCGUCCGGUGGCAGGUCUGCUCUCAGCUAGAGAUUUCCUGGCCAGUUUGGCAUACCGGGUGUUCCAGUGCACCCAGUACAUCCGACAUUCCUCCUCCCCCAUGCAUUCCCCAGAACCUGACUGUGUCCAUGAACUUUUGGGCCACGUCCCAAUGCUGGCUGACCGCACUUUUGCCCAGUUUUCACAGAACCUCGGUCUGGCAUCACUUGGGGCCUCAGAUGAAAAUAUUGAGAAACUAUCCACACUGUACUGGUUCACUGUAGAGUAUGGCUUAUGCAAACAGAACGGUGAGGUGAAGGCUUAUGGCGCUGGACUCCUCUCCUCUUAUGGCGAGCUUGUGCACUCUCUGUCUGAUGAACCAGAAACGAGAGAGUUUGAUCCAGAGGCUGCUGCAGUGCAGCCUUAUCAAGACCAGACGUACCAGCCUGUCUACUUUAUUUCUGAGAGUUUUUCAGACGCCAAGGAGAAAUUCAGGGCAUAUGUGACAGGUAUCAAGCGCCCCUUCUCUGUGAGGUUUGAUCCCUACACCAGCAGUGUUGAGGUCCUGGACAACCCGCUGAAGAUCCAAGCAGGACUGGAGGGAGUGAAAGAUGAGCUGAAGCUGCUGACAGAUGCCCUCAGUGUUUUGUCAUGAUGAUGCCUCAGCCUGUGACUGUCCCACUGGUGUUUCCUUCCUCUCUACUGUGCUUCGUAAUUUCCGUCAUGUAAACAAGCCCAAUGUGUUCAUUUUUCUGUGCUGUUACUCCAUUACGAUGCUUGUUGUUGCUAACCGGUUGGCUGAUGAGGCUGAAAAGCAUUAAAACCUCAAAACCCAGAAGAGGCAAAACUUUCCAAAAAUGUUUAAUGCCUCACUGGGUGUGAAUCCAUUUGUGAAAUGACAGGGUUUUACCAGGUGGGCCAUUUGUGCUUUUUUAAGCAAAACUGUGUUGUUUGAGGAAUAUUUCAAAAUCUAAGCCAAAAUCAAAGGAAACUGUGGUAAUGAAUGUAUUACAAGAAAACUAAAUGGCUAUGGUAUAAUUAUUUUCAAAUCAAAGAAACAGAGUGGCACAAUAAAAUGUAUAUUUACAUCACAUUUAUUUUACUUAGAGAAAAAUAUCUGUGUGCUGCUGUUGUUAAAGGCUUUAUUUUCCAGAUAUGUCAAUUCAAUAUUUAAGUAUUUCCUCUAAAUUUGAGUAUUUAUUAUGCUGUUUUUGUCUUGUUCUGCAAAUGCAUAAUAAAAACAAUCAGAACCUACAACUUAUUUUCUGUGUGCUGAAGUGAUUUCUGCUUCAGUACAAACCAUCUGUCAAAU